AUGUCCUCCACCGACCCGGAACAGAAUCCUCCUCCCAGCGAUGUCGCCGAGCGUGAGCGCGAGGAAAAAGAGCGCAAGGCCAAGGAAGACGCCGAACAGGCCCAGCUUCCCUACAAAUGGACCCAGACCAUCCGCGACGUCGACGUGACCAUCCCCAUUCCGGCCAAUAUCAAGGGCCGCGACAUGGAUGUUGUGAUGACCAAGACCAAGAUCAAGGUGGCGAUCAAGGGACAGGAGCCGCUGAUUGAGGGCGACUUCCCCCAUCCGAUUAUUGUCGACGAGAGUUCCUGGACGCUGGAGACCACGUCUCAUCCCCCCGGCAAGGAGGUCUCGCUGCAUCUGGAUAAGGUGAACAAGGUGGAGUGGUGGCCGCAUGUGGUGACGACGGCGCCGAAGAUCGAUGUCAGCAAGAUCACGCCGGAGUCAUCGAAGCUGAGUGAUCUCGAUGGGGAGACUCGCGCCAUGGUCGAGAAGAUGAUGUACGACCAGCGACAGAAGGAGAUGGGUGCGCCCACGAGUGAUGAACAGCGGAAGAUGGACAUCUUGAAGAAGUUCCAGGCGGACCAUCCUGAAAUGGACUUUUCGAAUGCGAAGAUCGGCUAA